AUGGACAACUCUCAAAGUACCGACGUAUUUUCCGACUUGACACUUACAAACCAAUCCUGCACUAUAACAGCUUCAGCUUCAAACGCUAUGGAUAUGGAUACAUAUGAAGCAUUGAUCAAUAGGACUAAAGCAUCUCUCUGUAAUGAUAUAUCUGCAUUUUUCAACACAUCUUUACCAGAUAACUUCACAUUGUUGCUUAAGGAUUGUCAUUAUUGUAUAUCACAGGCACUUAAACUAUUAGUUGAAAUAUCAGAAUCACAUUCAUCGACACAGAAACUAUUACAUUAUAUAGAAGAUGCAGUUAACAUUCUGAAUUUGCUAUGUAGUUUUAUAAAGAGAAUAAUAGAAAAUUUUGCAAUGAGUUGCAGUACAAUGAAGACAUUCCCAACUACGACUGGUCAAAUUAUUAUGGAUAUAUUUAUACACUGCAGAAACAGUGAGACAAUAUACAGUAUUCAUUUAACUAGUAUACAGCAAGAACUGAAAGAUCUUUUCCGGAGUUGUCAUGAGUUGCAGCUUACUUACUUGAUGGUACUGGAGAAACAUUUCAUAUUUGAUUUAACUCAAAAAGAAGAGCUUGAUAUACUUGUUAAAGCAUUAAAUAUCAACCUGCAUAUUGGUGAGGUGGUCCAAACCCUAGAUGUGAAGACAUUGGCAGAACAAUGGAAAGCGUACACUAUGAUCUGUGAGAAGUAUGCCAGUCAUUUGGUGGAUACCAACAUUUGUUGUGAAUGUAUAAAACUUCUGUGUUCGAUGGUGUUGAAUAAUAUGAAUACUUCUUUAGAGGUAGAGCAAGAGGAGAAGCUUAUAGUUAGGUCAAUGAAGGUGGCAUACUUUACCAUAAAGAUUCUGAUGAGAAUAUGUAAUAUAUUUGAACAGUCAUCCACAAAACAAUAUAAAUGUAUUGUAGAUAUGUUAAUUAAUGUGUAUUUGUAA